UCGGGCGCCGACUGACGCAGCGCGGACGGGCGUCACGUGACACGGAAGUGACUCCGAACAGGAAGAGGACGGAAAAAAUAACCGUCCGCGACGCCGAGUGGAAGCGGACCCGCGGCCACCAUGAACAGCAAAGGUCAAUAUCCAACACAGCCUACCUACCCUGUGCAACCUCCUGGGAAUCCAGUGUAUCCUCAGACCUUACAUCUUCCUCAGGCUCCACCCUAUACUGAUGCUCCGCCUGCGUACUCAGAGCUCUAUCGUCCAAGCUUUGUCCAUCCAGGGGCUGCCACAGUCCCCACCAUGUCCACUGCGUUUCCUGGCGCCUCUCUGUAUCUGCCUAUGGCCCAGUCUGUGGCUGUCGGGCCCUUAGGCUCCACAAUCCCCAUGGCUUACUAUCCGGUUGGUCCCAUCUAUCCACCUGCCUCCGCCUCCUGGAUGCCCUCCCAACGCUGCCCAGCUUGCAGUCAUGCAGGGAGCCAACGUCCUUGUAACUCAGCGCAAGGGAAACUUCUUCAUGGGUGGCUCGGAUGGUGGCUACACCAUCUGGUGAAGAACCGUGGCCACUCCUGUGCCGGGAAAGACAUCACAUACCUUCAGCACUUCUCACGAUGUAACUGCUUUAGUCCUAUUAACCUGAAGUUGCAGUUUAGACACAUGUUUUUGGGGUGUCUUUCUGGUGUCCAAACUUUGAGGCACUUUUCAAAUUUAAUAAAGAACCAUGUAAGGGUAGCAGUCCCUCCCUAAAGCAUUUUGAGGUAGGGAGGGCAUCCAUUCUUCAAAUGAAUGUGAGUGAAGCAGCCCGAGGCUCUUCGUUAAUUCCUCUGGAGUAAUACUGUACCAUACUGGUCUUCGCUUUUAGUAAUAAAACAUCAAAUUAAGUUUGGAGGGAACUUUGAUCUUCCUAAGAAUUAAAGUUGCCAAAUUAUUCUGAUUGGUCUUUAAUCUCCUUUAAGUCUUUGAUUUAUAGUUGUUAAAUGGACCGCACUAGCUGUCUGCCUUUUCCUUCCCAAUAUCUGCCCACCGGCCUGCCCUGUCCUUGGUCUUCCGUCCCUCCCAUCAGUCUCCAUUGAAUCAGUGGUGCAGGACAGAAAGCCAGUCACUCACCCCUUCUCGCCUCACACCUGUCCCAUUUGCCAUUUUUAACUUGUCUUUCAUAAGGAUCCUCUGAAGCCCCCUGUGCCCCGAGCACAGGCCCCAUUUCUUUGGGUUUUGUAUAGCUCCAGAAGGUGGUGAGGUACCUUUAAGACCCGCCUCAUAGACCGACUCUGCAUCACCACGAACCCAGACUUGCUGUGGUACCAGAACCUGAACAACAGUUCUCAGAGCAAACUGUCCCAGAAAAGUUUCUUUAAAAGUGAAGGGCAGGGGAGAUGCAUAUCACAAGCUUGGCUUUGAAGCCAAACUAAGGGCGUUUCAGAUCAAAACCCGGUUUUCAUUUUCUGAGUGUGUAAUGCAGCCACGCAGGUUCCCAGAAGUUUCCUGUGAGGGGUUAGUUAGUCAGGUCACGUGAAUGCCUCGCUAUGAAAUGACUUGAGUCCAGUGAGAUCUCAUUAGGAUUAAUAUUUCAGGGAUCCUUAAUAUUUUGAUUUGUUUUCUGAGAUUGGAUUUUAUUUUAUUUUAUCUGAUAUUUCAGUUCAUCUAAAUCUUGUGUUCUGUACGUGUGAUGUUUGACUGUACCAUCGACUGUUAUGGAAGUUCAGCGUUGUCUGUCUCUCUACACUGUGGUGCACUUAACUUGUGGAUUUUUUAUACUAAAAAUGUAGAAUAAAGACUAUUUUGAAGAUUUGAAUAAAGUGAUGAAGUUGCAUUA